UGUUGAGGUCUUGUAACGCGCCACGUGUCAGAUACAGUAUGUUCUUGUCCCACCACGUCAGAUUAUUCAUAAGCGAGUCAACUUCAUAAAACACGGAAUCCGGGCCUUUUGGGCCCGUUUCCUCUCGAUGGCCCAUAACGGAAAUACGCUCAUCGACACGUGGGAAAAGACGAAUCGGGUAACUAAUCUUUUCUACGCGCGCCUGUGAGAUUACGUUCUAUUUUGGGAUCGGAUACACCCACACGCACCUGAUUAACUCCCUCGCAACCCUUUUGGUUUUUCAAAUUUCGAAAAAACGGCUUACACUCUUUCCUUUUCUAUCUCAUUUUCUACGUGUUUCUCGGGAAAAUCUCUCUCUCUCGCUAACUGAUUACAUGAGACGCCUGUUGAUGAAGCGGAACCUAAGUGUAUUGUGCAGAUCGGCGCUCAGAUUCAUCGACGUUUCAGCUUGCAGAGUGAUGGCUUGUUUUCUCGACUGCUUCCGCGGAAGAGACGACCACCGAUCUACUAGUAAUCUCGUCUCUCGCUCUUCACUCGCCAAUUCCAGAACAAGUCAGGAAUCGCAGAAUCAUUUAUCUGCUUUGUUUCAGUCUGAAGAGGAGGCAGCUUCUUCGCCUUGCCUUGGCGAAGAAAGACUUAAUUUGGAUUCUAUACAUAUUGACAAAGGCCUACGGGAUGAGGCGUGUUUUCUUAAAGCUUGUGGCACUAUACCGGAGACGCCUAUUGAAAUUAGGAAAGCGUCCCGAAAACAAUUCAGUAGUCCUCAACAUUGUGCAACUUCUUAUUUCCACUCAUGGAUUUCCAGUAGCUCUGCGCUAUGCUUUCAUUUGGACGAAUCACCAACUCCCUUGAAAGCUUGUGAAGAGGUGGGAGGGUCAUCAAGUACUUCAGAGCAAACACCAAGCAGCUGUGUAAUCGAUGUUGUGGACACUGCAAGGAUCCCAUCUGCUUCUAGUGAUGCUGAUGAAGUAGAAAGCAUUGGCACUGCGUUAAAGGGCGAGGUAGAUAGAUCUGGCAGGCAAAUGCUCACAGCUGGAAAGACAAAGUCGGUGCGGUUUGAAUGUGAUCUUGAUCAAUCUCAGUCUUCUAACUCUUCUGAGAAUAGCAGUUCAAGAAAACCAGAGAUGGGUGGCAAAAGUACACUGACCACGCCUAAUCCAACCCCAUUGAAGCUAUCUGAUGAGAUGCAAACUCCUGGAACCGUAUAUCCAGCAAAUAUGGAGUCAGCAGGAAGGGGAAGGCCUAGAAUCAGGUCGCAGUUUGUGCAUUCGGUUUCCAAUCUAAUGGAAGACGCAUCCUUAUAUAAUGUCCAUGAUGAUUCAUAUGGGAGCCUAGAACAAGCUAACUCGCAGGUUUACAAAGAGCACACAGAGGGUGAAACUCCCACUUCAGCAACUUAUGGGGAAGAAAGAUCACAUGAGAAACUGUCCAAGUUUGAGGCAUCUCCUUGGCUAAACCCUAUCAACGAAGACGGUAAAGAAAAUAUCGAAGUUUUAAACGACAGGACACCUGGAGUCAAUGCCAUAACUCCAGGUGACAGGCCAAUCAUUGGAUUGGUGGCUGCUCACUGGAAUGAGGAUCUGCAAACUGAGAUUUCACCCAAAUGGUGGGAUGGGAAUGGGAUCCCAAAUUCCACAACCAAAUACAAGGAGGAUCAGAAAGUGAGUUGGCAUGCAACACCAUUCGAGGUGAGACUGGAGAAGGCACUCUCGGAAGAAGGUGGUCUGAGUUUAUUCCCUCGAAGGAACCUUGAAGUGAUGGAGGAGGAUGAAGAAGACUCGGACAUAUCGAAGCUGCAGCAUUCAGUGCAACCAAACUCAGUAGUUUCGUUCUGAAACUCUGCUCUCGUACAGAAGAGUGUUACGUUACUUACAGAUGGCAAUGAAGAUACUCUCAUUUCCAUCUUUUAUGGAAAUGGAACUUUAUAAUAAGUUUUAAGAGUAAAAAAGCAUAAAAACAGUGGUGUGUUUGUGAACCUUUUGGGAAUUCUCUCCCCAGGCACUCGGCAUUGUGAUAUAUUUUUCACGAGUAA